AUGGUCAACCUCAUCAACGGUACCGUGGUUGCCUUUGUCAAUCUUCUCACGCUGGAAUGCCUUGAUCUUUCGAAUGGCUAUGCCACGGACAACACUCCCAUCAUCGGCUACAACUGCCACUCAGGAGCUAACCAGCAGUGGACCCUGAUCGAGCAGAACUCGGUGGGAGCCUGGCCUGUUUGGUCCGUGAUCAACAAGGCCACCGGGUCUGCUAUGGACCUCGUGGUCGGCCCCUCGAACCCCAUCAGGGGCUUCCAGCCAUCCGCUAGCAAUGCACCUGGGCAGAGCUGGCGUCUCGUGUCAGCUCAGCCGGACUUUGGGCUUGUCAUGAUCCAAAACACCCUGACGAACACCUACGCAACCUUGCUUGACACGAGCGUUGAUGGUGGACACGCCAUCGCUGGCUACUCUGGCUCCGUGGAGGAGGCUCAGCAGAGCCAGCUGUGGAAGGUUUCUGUCGUCGGUUAG